AUGGCAUCAGAAACAAAAGCGCCCAUCAAGGGCAUUCUCAAGAAGCCAAAGGCGUCUCCCAACUCGGCACAGUCAUCGACCACAUCAGCAACGAGAACAGCGCAACCACCGCUACCAUCCAAGCCAGACCCAAGACAAGUCGCCAUCCAGCACGCCCGCAUCCUCCAAGACCGCAAGGACACCGAGGCCAAGAUCCUCGACAACGUGAUCGCCCUGCUCGACUUCCCGCGCGACGCCUCCCGCCCGGCAUGGGACCCAGACCCGGCGGACGCGCGGGACUUCACCUCCCUGGUGCGCAUCUUCCAGCCGGGCGACUACGACGACCUGGCGGUGGAGCGCAACCUGGACGGCGACAAGUGCGGGUAUGCGCUGUGCGGACGGCGCCGGCGGCGGUUCCCCGGGGCAGGCACCUACAAGAUGAUCAACAAGGGCCGGAAGGACUUCGACAUUGUCGAGACGCGCGAGCUCGAGAAGUGGUGCAGCCAGGAGUGCACGCGCCGCGCCCUGUGGGUCAAGGUCCAGCUCAACGAGACGGCCGCCUGGGAGAGGGUCGGCCUGCCUGACAUCGAGAUCGAGCUUUACCCUGAGAAGAAGGAUGGAGAGGACGGCAGCGGCGGCGGCGGCGGCGGCGAAGCGCCUGACGGCUCUGAUGUCAACGCCUCCGUUGGGGAGGGCAAGAGUGAGCCAGAGAGACUAGCAGUCGAGAUGGCUCGGCUGCAACUCGAGGAGGACCGAAAGGCUGCCAAGAACGCUGCGAGUCUGGCUCUGGAGAGAGGAGACGAUGCCAAAGCGGCGCCUAGGCGUAAGGUGGACGUUGUCGUACGCGAGAAGACGGUGACAACAGAGGCAGAGGCGCCGUCCCUCGGCGAGGGAGCGGAAGGUGAUUCCAUCGAGGGCUACAAAGCUAGGUUUGGAACGGAACCAAAGAAGGCUUCGUAG